AGCCCUUGCUCUCGGACGCUCCACAUUUGUCACUUCUUCGUUUUUAGCUGGUCAUUUUUUAUUAAAGGCAUACGUGGUUUAAAAAAUAAGUAAUUUACCACCGGUCUCUCGUGAUUCAAUUAUAAAAUAAUGUUUUAAUUAACUAUCCAAUAUCCCUUUUAUCAAUUAAACAUAAAAUGAGUGCUUUUAGAAAACUUGUUACCUGCCUUUUUUUGGGUGUUUUUUGCCUAAAAUUCGCAAAUUCAACAUCCAAAAGCUACCCCAUUACCACCCUUAUAAAUGCCAAAUGGCAGCAAACACCUUUAUAUCUAGAAAUAGCCGAAUAUUUAGCGGAUGAAAAUCCGGCGCUCUAUUGGGAUUUCCUUAGAGACAUUACUAGAUUAGAUACUCCGCUUGCACAAAUUGACACUGAAUCCAAGCAAUACAUCACGUCUAUGAAUGUUGUCAAAAAUCUACUUGGCAAUUCGCAGAUUUCAUUGCUUAAACUAGCUGUAUCGAUGCAUAGUUUAACGCCUCGCAUUCAGGCGCAUUUUCAAAUAGCCAAAGAAGUUCUUGCCAAUGGAGAUUGUGGCAGAGACAAUUUUGUGACGGUUAACAAUGAAAUUGCCUGCACUAUUGAUGAAAUGAAAAGCAAACUAAAGAUUAGUUUGUCUAAAAAUGAAGAAGAAAACAUAAGCUAUGGCUUUGACCAUGUCUAUCCCGGGUCAGAGAAUGCAACUGGCAAGGUUGUUGUUUUCUAUGGGGACAUUGGUUCUGAUGAUUUCAGAGCAUUUCAUAAGAUUCUCGAAAAACAAGCUAUGCAAGGGAAUAUUAAGUACAUAAGUCGACAUUAUCUGCGGAAGUCAUCGGGUAAGAAAGUUCGUCUUUCUGGAUAUGGUGUCGAGUUGCAUCUUAAAUCGACAGAGUACAAAAGUCAAGAUGACUCACAGAAAGUGGUUGAUGAAGAUAUUAAAGUUAGCGAACCCGCGGAGACUGAAAUAGAAGGAUUCGAUUUUAAAGCAUUAAAAGAAAAAUUCCCGCACCUUGCUAUUAAUCUUGACCGUUUACGAAACAACCUACUUGAAAAAAGUGAAGAAAUCGCUCCCUUGAAGGCUUGGGAGUUCCAAGAACUCGGUCUGCAAGCCGCACAGCGAGUGGCUGAGAUACACGGAGAGGAGGCACUACAAAUCCUUCAGUUUACAGCUCAAAAUUUUCCAACUCAAGCUAAAAGUUUGUUGCCACAAUCAGUGACCGAAGAACUGCGUCAGGAAGUUAAACACAACACAGAGGUAUUCGGACGAACUUUGAAUAUCGCUCCACCAGACGGAGCUCUAUUUGUCAAUGGAUUGUUUUUUGAUGCUGACACACUCGAUCUUAGUUCACUUAUGGAAACGUUUAGAUCCGAAGUGCGAGUGCUCGAAACCCUAUACAAGAAUAACAUUGAGGGUAAAAUAGCUUCAUCUCUAUUAACACUGGACCUUUCCAGUUCUUCGACUAAAGACUUUGCCAUUGACAUUCGAGAUACCGCCAUUAUGUGGGUAAACGAUAUGGAAAACGAUGCCCAAUACCGUCGCUGGCCAGCAAGUGUAAUGGAUUUGUUGCGACCAACAUUCCCAGGAAUGUUGAGAAACAUACGAAAAAAUGUUUUUAAUUUGGUCCUAGUCAUUGAUCCAUUACAUCCCGAUAGUCGGUCAUUAGUUAAAUUAGCUGAAAGUUUUGUCAUACAUCUAGCACCAAUUCGAUUAGGUUUAGUUUUUGAUACAAGACAAGAAACUCAAGAAACUUCUGCAGAUUACUUGGCUAUGUUCUGUGCUUAUAACUAUGUUUCACAAAAGAAAGAUUCUCGUGCUGCUCUAAGCUUUUUAACUGAUGUAUUUGCUUCAGUCAAAUCGAACAAACAAAUAACCCAACGAGAUAUUCGCGCUCAAAUUAGAUCGACAUUCGAUAAAUUGUCUGUUGCAGAGCUCGAAGAAAUUCUUAGCGAAGAUUCGGAUUAUGAUUAUGGCCGGACACUUUCUGAAGAGUUUGUUGAACGUCUUGGAUUCAAAGAAACACCACAGGCACUUCUUAAUGGUGUUCCAAUGCAAAAAUCACUUUUAACUCCCGAUGAAUUCGAAGAGACUAUUUUAAGUGAGAUUAUUCAACAGACCACUACUUUGCAAAAGAGUGUCUAUCGUGGGGAUUUGACAGACUCUGAAAAUGUCAUGGACUAUCUUAUGAAUCAGCCUCAUGUCAUGCCAAGACUAAAUCAGCGAAUUCUCUCGAGUGAUGAUGUCAAGUUUUUGGAUCUCACUGGAAAUCCUCAUAAAGAUUUAGCUAAUAUUAAGGCUUUGGAGCGAUUAUCGAAUCGUGAUAUGACUGCUACUUUGAUGGAUAAUUUGAAGUAUUUCACAGGAAAGCAUUCGUCAGAAAAAAUUGGUCAAAAUGAUAUUCAUUUUCUAACAUUGUGGGUGUUUGCCGAUUUGGACACUCAAGAAGGAAGAGACUUAUUGAUUAGUGCUUUGAAAUACACGAAAUCAACAACAAGUGGUAGAGUUGCAUUCAUUCCAAAUGUCGAAGGUGGAAAAAUUUCAAACAAGGAUAAUCUUAAUCGAUUAAUAUGGGCUUUGUCACAAACAAUGCCUGGACCUAAUGGAUUAGAAGUGGCUUUGAGAUGGUUAAAAACCCCAAAAGGUCCUUUUAAUGAUGUUCCGGCACCUGUGAAGGACAUCAUUUAUUCAACAGAAUUGCAUUUGAAAAUGCUGCGAGUGUAUAGUCAGCGAGUUAUAAAUAUAAAUAAAUCUGAACGGAUGGUUAUUGCAAAUGGAAAAAUGUUUGGUCCUUUAGAAAAACAAGAGCAGUUUAAUAUUGAAGAUUUUGGUUUGGUGGACCGCUGCAAUACGCAUCAGUAUGGGGAUAAGAUCAGAAAGGCUUUGCAAAAUCAUGAAGAAGAUUUUGAAAUUUCGAGCGACACUCUAUUAAAGGUCUUGUCAACUUUAUUGCCCAGGGAAACAAAAACUAGAUUUAAUAUUCCUUCAGAUGUAAAAGAAGACCACUCUGUCGUUAAUUUGCCACCCAAAGAGCCCACACAACUGCAAUUUGAAAUAGUAGCUGUACUCGAUCCGGCAUCCAGAAGUGCACAGAAACUUGCUUCGAUAUUGAUUUUACUGCGCAACACUAUCAAUUGUCAAAUGCGUGUGUUUAUGUUGCCCGUUCCACAGCAUAGUGAUAUGCCAGUCAAAAAUUUCUAUCGAUAUGUUGUCGAACCGGAAAUUCAGUUCUUACCAAAUGGCAAACAGUCGGAGGGACCAAUUGCCAAGUUUAGUGGGUUGCCGGCUAAUCCAUUGCUUACUCAAAACUUACAGGUUCCAGAAAAUUGGCUGGUUGAAGUUGUGCGAUCUGUUUACGAUCUUGAUAAUGUUAAAUUGGCUGAAAUCGGAGGACCAGUACAUAGUGAAUUCGAAUUGGAAUAUCUUCUCUUAGAAGGUCAUUGCUUUGACUCAAUGACAGGGGCACCACCAAGAGGACUUCAAGUUACAUUAGGCACCAAGGAUAAUCCUACAAUGGUAGAUACAAUUGUCAUGGCUAAUUUGGGUUACUUCCAAUUGAAAGCUAAUCCUGGAAUUUGGGAGUUGCGACUACGAGAUGGCAAAAGUUCUGAGAUUUAUGAGAUAUCCAACGCUGAAGGUACAAACACUAUCCAUGCCAACAAUAAAACACGUAUUAUGAUUAGCUCCUUGCGCUCACAUGUCAUUAAACUUCGUGUUGCGAAAAAACCUGGAAUGACAAACAUCGAUCUCUUAGGCGAUGAUGAAGAGGGAAAUAAGGGCAUUUGGAAUUCGAUAACAAGUUCCUUUAGUUCUGCUUCUGCUGAUUCCGAUACUGAAACUUUGAAUAUUUUCUCAGUUGCAUCUGGGCAUUUAUAUGAGCGACUUCUUCGUAUAAUGAUGGUUUCUCUAAUGAAGCAUACAAAAUCUCCGGUUAAAUUCUGGUUCUUGAAGAAUUACCUAUCGCCGCAGUUUACCGAUUUCUUGCCGCAUAUGGCUAAGGAAUAUGGAUUUCAAUAUGAAUUGGUACAAUACAAAUGGCCACGAUGGCUUCAUCAGCAAACUGAGAAGCAGAGAACGAUUUGGGGUUAUAAAAUCCUUUUCCUUGAUGUGCUAUUCCCGCUCAAUAUUAGAAAAAUUAUAUUUGUAGAUGCUGAUGCAAUUGUGCGUGCAGACAUGAAUGAACUUAACGAAUUGGAUUUAAAUGGAGCUCCAUAUGCUUACACUCCAUUCUGUGACUCCAGAACGGAAAUGGAAGGUUUCCGAUUUUGGAAACAAGGUUAUUGGCGUAGUCACCUUAUGGGCAGGCGGUAUCAUAUUUCUGCCUUGUAUGUUGUCGAUUUGAAGAGGUUCCGUAAAAUAGCUGCUGGCGAUCGACUCAGGGGCCAGUAUCAAGCUCUUAGCCAGGAUCCUAAUAGUUUGUCAAAUCUCGAUCAAGAUUUACCAAAUAACAUGAUUCAUCAAGUGGCUAUAAAAUCCCUACCAGAUGAAUGGCUUUGGUGUCAAACCUGGUGUAGUGAUAAUUCCUUCAAAAAAGCAAAAGUUAUAGAUUUGUGCAACAAUCCACAAACAAAGGAAGCGAAACUAACUGCUGCCCAAAGAAUUGUGCCUGAAUGGAAAACCUACGAUCUCGAAAUUAAAAAAUUAAUGGCGAAAGUGGAAGACCAUGAAAAUAUUGAACACGAUGAAACAUCGUCAUCAUCAUCGAUUCAUAGCGACGAACAUGAAUCAGCAGAAGAAUCGCAUCCCAAUAAACAUAGCGAAUUGUGAUCAAAAUAAAAGUUUAGAACUCCAACUCAUACACAUCCCUUAAAAAUAGAAUAAUUUUGAAAUCCUUAAGAAUAAAAAACAAAAUUCAAUACUUUUUUGUAUUGUGAAUCAA